UCUUUUCUACUUUAUUUUUUCUACAUUAUUUCGAGAUUUCUUCCGUCAAUUGUCUUUCCAAUGUUUCAAUGUAAACAUCAACAAUGUGUGGCUGAAGAGAGCUCUUUAAAAAGCUAAAUUUGGUCAGUUCCUUGUAGAGGCAGUACAUAAAGCUAGUAGGUCACGUAAUCGCGAAUAUGGUAAAGCCGGGAUGUAUUCACGCGAUCAAGGGCCUACUUCCUAAACAAACGCGGCACUAGUGCAAUCCGGUCCAAACACUUCUUAGCCAUUUGCAAUAAAGUAGUGAAUAAUGUUGAAAUACGGGUCAUUGAAUUUCAAACGGCUGGUUCUGAGGAUUUGUGAUGACACAGUGUCAAAUAUUAUUUCUGGUAAGACGCCGUGUAAUCUAAGUAGGAAUCUGCAAGCUUGUCCAUUAUAUUAUACUUGAAACCGAUAAAACAUUAUGCGCGGGUUUUCAUGACAUGUGUUUGGUUCAUGUUACACUCGAUAAUCAUUUCAGACGUCGGAUCAUCCGAGAAGCUAUUUGAGUAAUUCUAGCAUGUAGCUGGGAGGAAGCAAGGGAGUUAUUAAGCUUAGCAGACAUAUUGCGACACAUUUCGCAUGUUUUGUGAAAAGUAGAGGGUGGAAAAUAGCAGCAGCAGGAAACGCACUUUUAUGGAUCGUUUAUGUAGAGCAUAUUUUCCAGGACAAGCCAAAGGCAAUAUAGUAAUGAGACAAGUAAGGUAUAAAAUCAGCUACCAACAAAAUAGAAGCACAAUUUUCACUAAUACACCUGAAAAUACCAAAAAAGUGUAAAAAAUAAGUUUCGGUUCCUGUGUUUCAAUCCGCUUGCUUUUUAGGAUAAAGUAACAGUGAGUUUUGGAUACAGAAAGCGUUCAAAGUAUUAUAAACUAAUCAGGGAAUUAAAAUCAAAUUCUUUCGAGAUAUUCCAGCGAUCACGACACGUGCACCACAUUACACACUUGGUAGGAAUAUUCCAUCAUCCUCCAUAUGAACCACAUUACACACUUGGUAGGAAUAUUCCACCAUCCCCCAUAUGAACCACAUUACACACUUGGUAGGAAUAUUCCACCAUCCCCCAAGUGCACCACAUUACAUACUUGGUAGGAAUAUUCCACCAUUCUCCAUGUGCACCCAUUACACACUUGGUAGGAAUAUUCCACCAUCCCCCAUGUGCACCACAUUACACACUUGGUAGGAAUAUUCCACCAUCCCCCAUAUGAACCACAUUACACACUUGGUAGGGAUAUUCCACCAUCCUCCAUGUGCACCACAUUACACACUUGGUAGGAAUAUUCCACCAUCCCCCAUGUGCACCACAUUACAUACUUGGUAAGAAUAUUCCACCAUCCCCCAUGUGCACCACAUUACACACUUGGUAGGGAUAUUCCACCACCCUCCAUAUGAACCACAUUACACACUUGGUAGGAAUAUUCCACCAUCCUCCAUGUGCACCACAUUACACACUUGGUAGGAAUAUUCCACCAUCCUCCAUGUGCCCCACAUUACACACUUGGUAGGAAUAUUCCACCAUCCCCCAUGUGCACCACAUUACACACUUGGUAAGAAUAUUCCACCAUCCUCCAUAUGAACCACAUUACACACUUGGUAGGAAUAUUCCACCAUCCUCCAUAUGAACCACAUUACACACUUGGUAGGAAUAUUCCACCAUCCUCCAUGUGCACCACAUUAAACACUUGGUAAGAAUAUUCCACCAUCCCCCAUGUGCACCACAUUACACACUUGGUAGGAAUAUUCCACCAUCCUCCAUGUGCCCCACAUUACACACUUGGUAGGAAUAUUCCACCAUCCCCCAAGUGCACCACAUUACACACUUGGUAGGAAUAUUCCACCAUCCCCCAUGUGCACCACAUUACACACUUGGUAGGAAUAUUCCACCAUCCUCCAUAUGAACCACAUUACACACUUGGUAGGAAUAUUCCACCAUCCUCCAUAUGAACCACAUUACACACUUGGUAGGAAUAUUCCCCCAUCCCCCAUGUGCACCCAUUACACACUUGGUAAGAUUAUUCCACCAUACCCCAUGUGCACCCAUUACACACUUGGUAAGAUUAUUCCACCAUCUCCCAUGUGCACCACAUUACACACUUGGUAGGGAUAUUCCACCAUCCUCCAUAUGAACCACAUUACACACUUUGUAGGAAUAUUCCACCAUCCUCCAUGUGCACCACAUUACACACUUGGUAAGAAUAUCCACCAUCCCCCAUGUGCACCACAUUACACACUUGGUAGGAAUAUUCCACCAUCCUCCAUGUGCACCACAUUACACAAUUGUAGGAAUAUUCCACCAUCCUCCAUGUGUACCACAUUACACACUUGGUAGGAAUAUUCCACCAUCCUCCAUGUGCCCCACAUUACACACUUGGUAGGAAUAUUCCACCAUCCCCCAUGUGCACCACAUUACACACUUGGUAGGAAUAUUCCACCAUCCCCCAUGUGCACCACAUUACACACUUGGUAGGAAUAUUCCACCAUCCCCCAGAAUGCCUCACGUGCUCAGACUAUUGAUUAGUGUCCAUGAUGAGCUAUUAGCCUUAGAAGAAGAUUACAACUCACGAGGGUGGAUUUUACAUGAAAAAUUAGACAAGGGGCGGAGGAAAACAAAACAAAAAGCCGAGAUGACAGCAGUUUAAAUUCAUUUUUUUUUUCAUUCUUAUUUUGCUGUCAUACCGAAGAAUAGGAGUUCAGUAAAGGUCUAGCCAGUUUAAAAGCAAUAAAAGCAUAUGUCACAUUCUGAAUAAUGUAAUCAUUUGGUUUAACAUGAGCAGGAAGCACUUAAAAUCCGGCACACUAAAAACCCUAAUACAAUUCAAAUGAGAGUAAAAAAUAAAAGUCGAAAUGGAAAAGGGUUUUUAAGGAUUUCAAAUCCGCUAAAAUGCCCUCAAGAGGAAGGAAACUUUGACAAGUGGCAUGAAGAACACAUAAGUAGAGAUCGAUAAUCACAGAAGGACUUAGCGCCACGAUUACAUGUAUCUCUGAAAGUUUCAUAUUCUGGACGUGUUCGAAAUAACGUAAAUACAACGCCAGGCUUAUAAAACACUAGGUAUUGAAAAACUUUCAGAUCAAUUUCAUAUUAGAAGGAGGAGUAGUAACAAAAUUAUUUGAACACAGGCAAUCCGGCGACAGGUGAGAAGUGCACAUGUAACGAAGACAAGCAAAGGGCAGCUUGAAGCAACACCUCGAAAACGUCGGCCUCCAUUAUUACUGAAAUAAGAACUGUUGAUUAAAUAAAGGGAACUGGAUACAAACAGGCAAGAGACUGGUCUCAAUAGAAACAAAGUCUUAAUUUGAAGGAACAGUUCUUGGACACUAGAGUUCUUGGAAGAGGCAUUACUACAAACAUAUUAUAUUUCUUGCAUAUAUUAUUAUUAUUAUUAUUAUUAACAUUAAUUAUUAGUUCGGAAAAGAUCAAGUCCCUGGGACAAAGUUGAGUAAGAAAACACGAUGAGUUCUUUUAAAAACGGAAGGCUUCUUUGGAAAGGCAUUGCGUGUAAAUACUAGUCUCCUCCAAGACCAAUAAUUGCUCAAAGAAAAUCAUUGAGACAUUCUAGGAGAGCCUUCUUAAACUAACAUUGCGUUAAAGACAUAUCCAAAUCCUCAAAUCUAAGCUCCUAAGAAGACAAAAGACACUAUACACUAUAUAUUCUGGUAAAGCAUCAGAAACCUUAGAACAAGCUAAGACCAGGCUUUAGAUCGUAGACGUAGAUUGAUACCACCAGGGUAAGACCAAGAGCCUGAGAAGAAGAGCCCCAUUUUGUUCGACAUGAAUGCCAACUUAACGAACACUAGCGUAGGGCCAUGCCCGGCCGACUUCGCGUUUUUCUCUGAAGACUCAAGACGAGGACAAGUUGUCUCGCUGACUCUCCAAGGAAUACUCUCUCUAGUAGGGAACCUUCUGGUCAUUGGCGUCUUGUACAAGAACAGAGACAUGCGUACCGUGACCAACGUGUUCAUUGCAAACAUGGCAGUCAGUGACCUGAUCUUUCCACUAGUUGUGCUGCCCAAAGAGAUAGCUAGACGAUACACUGGUGGAUAUUGGCUCGUCCAUGGAGUCUUUGGAAAUCUCCUGUGCAAAGCAGUGCACUUUCUGCAAGACGUUUCCACGGCAGUUUCUCUUCAGAGUCACUUAGCCAUUUCGUUUGAGAGGUUCUAUGCGGUCAUGUUCCCAUUACGAGCAAGACAGUCCAAUAACUGUUGCAGAAUCUUCACCCUUGUUCUAACUUGGUUGUCGGCGAUGUGUUUUUAUGUUCCUUAUUUUAUCACUUUUCGACUGGUGCCUUUUCGGGACGGAUACAUGUGCAUCCAUGACUGGGAGCCCAUUUUCGGCAUCGAAAACACAAACGACACACAGAAAAAAUUCUUCCUGACUUACCUUUCAGUAAAUUACAUAAUACCUCUAUGUGUGAUCAUAGGACUCUACACUGUACUAUUCAUGAAGCUUAGACGGAGAAAGGUCAUAGGGCAGGACUUCGCACGAAGAGAGGCAAGAGAAGAGCAACAGAAAAGGCAUAUAGUCAAGCUAGCCGCGACAAUUGUAUUCUGCUUCGCGAUUCUGUGGGCCCCCAUGCACGUGUUCUAUAUCCUCUAUAUCUUCAAAUGGCACUUGCGUCUGCCAUGUGGAUUAAUGGCCCUGCACUUUAGCGUGUUCUACAUUGCGUGGCUCAACAGCGCGACAAACCCGAUCAUCUAUUUCAUAUACAGCCAUAAUUACAGGAAUGGACUCCGGAAUCUUAUUCGGGGGAUUUUGGCAUUUGGAUCACGCCUAGGGCCCCAUAAUUCAGUAGGCAUAGAACCAACGAUGACGGCGAUCUCAAGUGAGCUUAGAGAGACUUCGAGAGGAACUCCGAGACAAUUGCGCAGGAAAAUGACGUCACCGGAACUGUCUGUGAUGAGACCGCAAACUGGGGAUUCACAUCCUGGGUCUGGCGACCACACCUAGGGCCACAAUCACCACCAGCACCAGCACCACCAGCACCACCACCAUCAUCAUCAUCAUCAUCAUCAUCCCCACAUUAAUAUUCAUUACCACACUCGUUAUAACCACCAUUGUAUUCAACACAAUCAUUUCAACACAAUCAUCUUAACUACCAUGAAAUUCAACACAAUCAUCAUAAUUACCAUGGUAUUCAACACAAUCAUCAUACCAUGGUAUUUAACACAAUCAUCAUAAUUACCAUGGUAUUUAACUAAAUCAUCAUAAUUAUUAUGUGGCUACGAUAGUACGCGCGCUGUGAUGGGCUUGUUGGUAGCCGUGACAUUGCACGUCUCUGAGAGAAUUACGGAAUUCCGUAUUGCCCUACAAAAAAAUUUUCACAAUCUUCUGUUGUUUGAAUUUUUUUCCACGUUCAAACUGCAAAAUGAGCGAUAGCGAACAUUCAAGUAGCGAAUUCUAACACCCAGAAUAAGCAGAAAUGGUUGGUUGGCGGGCCGUCGUUUUCCGUAUCCGGAGCGGGACAUUUUGUGAGCUUUUUUGUGUUGUUUUUUCGGUUGCACGAAUUUCGCUAAAACAAAAUCGACCAAAAAACCAAAGCAACAACAACAACAACAAAAUGGGAAUGGACGAGCACUCUGAGUCAAGGUUUUAUUAUCCUGAAGAGAUUGAAGAGGAAAAUUUUGACAACAAAGAAAUAGCAAAGAAAUACAUCGAAUAAACAAAGGCAAAUGAAUAAAUUACAAGGGGUGUAAAGACCCAGAAAAGCCUCUUGAAGAUAAAAUUACUACCUGUUAUUUGUAAAUGCAAUAUUUCCAUCAAAUCAUAAAGCGGCACAAAGCAAUUGGCCUUUUCAUUGUACGUCAGAAGUUUGUUCUCUACAUACCGUGGAUUUUCCGAACUAAACAGUCCAUUUAUGCCGUGAAAACUGACAUCUGAGCUUUUUUUGUUAUUGUUUGGAUCAACUUCACCUAUGAUAAAACCUGUAGCUUCCAAAAAGUGCAAAUAGAAAGAAAAUAGCCCGAAAAGUCGCCCAAUUACUUGAUUUAUUUUUGAUUUGGCAGCGCGCGAGUGUUUCUUGUUUUCCCGCCUUUUUGAUAUCGAUCGAUAAACUAAUCGAUAUUCGCGCGAAAGCGAAAUUUGACUUGUUUUCUUGUUAUUUUUAUUUUAAAAAGCCAUAUAAUAAACAACUUACUAACCUCGAACGUUCGAAUUUGGCCCAUCGACCACGCAAAGCCUCGGUCGAUACGCCAAAGCCUCAGUUUGAUAUUUCCCGGCAUGACCUCACUCCCGGUUGGUAAGUUAUUACUAUGGUAUUCAACACAAUCGUCAUAAUUACCAUGGUAUUCCACACAAUUAUCAUAAUUACAAUGGUAUUCAACACAAUCAUCAUAAUUACCAUGGUAUUAAACACAAUCAUCAUAAUUACCAUGGUAUUUAACACAGUCAUCAUAAUUACCAUAUUCAACACAAUCAUCAUAAUUAUACCAUGGUAUUCAACACCAUCAUCAUAAUUACCAUGGUAUUCAACACAAUCAUCAUUUCUAUCAUCUAUUUUACACAUUUCUGGUAUUCAACACAAUCAUCAUUUCUAUCAUCUAUUUUACACAUUUCUAUUCUCAUUCUUCACAUUCACAUCAACAUUAUCAUGGUUGGGAUCUUCACAAUCAAAGUCAUUAUGCGUAAUGUUACCUUCGACAUUUCAGCACUAAUGACAUAACUAUUUAUGGUCAUCAGAUGACCAUCAUCAUCAUCUCUGCUCUUGUUGUCAUCACUAUCAUAAUGAUUAUUGCAUCAGAAUUAUCAUCACAAUCAUCAUAAGUAACACAUUUAUCUUUAUUAUCACAAUCAUAAUCACUAUCAUCUCUGUCACCAGCAUUUUACCCAGCACCACCAGAGUUAUUGUCAUCAUCAUCGUCAAUACCAUGACUUUCAAUCCAUGAUUAUAUUCUGAACAUAAAUACCUAAUAAGCACCUUACCUUAUUUUAGAUCAUAAGAAAGUCAAGACCUAACUUAGGGCCAAUCCGUACUUCAUGGAGGUUGUUUUUGUUUCUGGUUUUGUCCACUGUCAGUACGGGUGUUUUUCUUUCUCCAAUUAUGAGUGAAUCCGCUCUGAACGACAAGCCAAACACAGGCGGUCGCAUCUUUUGAUCUUUGGCACGCCGAGGAAAAAUGUCCACCAUCGCGUCCGCUCUUGUCUUUUGUCAUGACCUAAAAGGUCCUGUCGACAACUAUCCCUGUACAAACAGCUAAAAGUACUAGUGCUGAUUGGCCCUCAUCACCACCACCACGUACUGACUUUGCCAUGCCGGGGAUCAGACACCCAUUCUACGCUAAAUGGACACAUUGAGGGGUGGAAAAUUGGGAAAAAGUCAACUUUUUUUAAAAGUUUGUGUCUUGAAUUAAAGUACAAUUAUUCAGUAUAAAGGAACCGAAAAAAGUAGCAUGUAAUCUUUAAGAACAAAAAAGGUAUAUAAGGUUGUAUUAUAACUAUUAUUUCAAUCUUAAAGCCGCAUGGAUGUGAUCGAUAUUUUAGAGCGAAUGGCCUGUUAUAUCUCGGAUUCUAAUAGAUUCUUUUGUCUUUUAAAAGUUGAGGUUUCCGUCGGACCUCCGGAAGUAAACCGGUGACAAUGCGGCUUUAUGUUCAUUUUUUUGAAACAAUGAAACGACAUUUUAAAUUUCUGAAAUUUUAACAAAACCGCUAAUAAUAUUCUGUCUACUUUAUCGUAAUGUGUACAUUUAGCGUAGAAUGGAUGUAGAAGGGUAGGAAGGAUAUAGCUUGUUAGAACUGGCCCGUAACUCAAAAGGUUAAAUUAUAUAUCUUCAAAUAAAGUUAUCAGAGGAGCAAUAGUUGUAUCUAAAUCAUGAAAAAUUUUAAUAUCUAAAUAUUAUUGAAAGAAUAAUGAAACUUUAAAAUUGUCACAGAAUCAUCCAACCUAGAAUACAAGUGCAUAUCAAUUAGAUAUUAAUGAAUAAAGUGAUCAUAUCAAAAAAGUAUGCAUAUUAUUCAUGGUCAUAUAAACAUUGUACUAGAUUUUUUAGUUUAUAUUUUUUGUCUAUCAUUUUGAGGAUGAAUGUCCUUACCCAGUCAUACCUUCUCUGUAAACUAGUACCGAAUGACUGUUUGAAAGAAGUUUUGUGAAACGUUUGAAUGAGUAACAUAAUUAAAGAUAUAGAAACAUUA